UCUAUUUGUGAUUUCUGAGAGACCCUUUGGGAGGAAUCACCAGAAAAACCCAAAAUUUGUUCUUCCCCUCUUUACAAUCUUCUCUCGCAGUACAUUUAUGGAUAACACGUGCAAAUUUGGUUCUCUGCAGCUCUGUUUCGUCGCUAAUUUCUUCCACCAACAACUCUUUGGCUCUGUGAUUUCAUCGCUUUUUCAACCCUUCGAUCUAUUCAUUCCUUGGUUACGCUUUCUGGCUCCUAAAUAGCGUUCAAGCUACCUUCUAUCUCUCGUGUUAUAUUUUUGAAAAAACAGAAAGUUAUUGUCUUUUGCAAGCGAGGUCUCCAUAUUGUGGAUCCCUGAGUUCUUCUAAAUUUGCAUAAGUUUUCAGACAGAGAGAUUGUGAACUGUGAAGUGAUUUGUGCUCGAAUUAUGGUGUACGGGUCAAGAUGACCGUUUCAGCUGGAUCUUUCCUUAAGAAGAUGUCGUGGGGUAGGGGUCAAUCUUCUGGUUGGACAGCGUUUGAUCUCAAGCAGAGAAAGAAGAACAAUAUUGAAUCUGAAGUUGACAAGGACCCUUUCCCACCUAUAGGCACUUCUGAUCCUAUUGUCAAGAAGAAUCAUGUUCCUUCGAAGCCUUUUUCUUCAGUACUUCUCCCAACUACGAAUUUUCCCCCUUUGAAAGAAGGUGAGAAUAGGAAAAAAGCAAUGUUAGGUUCUGAUACUGAUGGAAAAUAUUGUGGGACUACUGCUCAGGAAGAUGUUAAUUCAGCUAUCAAAAUGCUUAAAGAGCAGCAUCAUUGGGCUGAAAUUAGCUUGAUAGAUGAUAUCUUAGCUUCUGUUAAUAACAAUAUUGAUAAGGCCUCGGCUUUAUUGGAAACAAUGGCCUGUGCUGUGAACUCUGAAGAAUGCAAAGCAUCAAGCAGUCCUAGAUCAACUGCUUCAGAUGAUACUCCAUGUGGGGAGAAGACUGAUGAAAGUCUUACUUUAGAAAAAAUCAAGGAUGACAUUCCCUUCCAUUCAAAUCUUGUUGGUCCUCUCCAAGAUAAUAAUGAAGACUCAGAGGAUAGAAAGACUUUAUCAGGUCAAAAUCUUUCUGAUGUUGAUAGCUUGAGAUGGAAAAUGAAUCUCUUGAAUUCUGUUCCUGUUGAGCCUGAAUGGGAGGAUGAUGAUAUUUACAUUAGCCAUCGAAAGGAUGCAUUAAAGACAAUAAGGUCAGCAUCGCGACAUUCUAGGGCAGCUUCUAGUGCUUUUCUAAGAGGUGAUCAUUUUUCUGCUCAACAUCAUUCAAUGAAAGCUUGGGAGGAAUGGCAUACUGCUGAAGAACUUAAUUCUGAUGCGGCCAAAAAAAUUUUAAGUAUUAGGAAUAAUGAAAAUGAUAUCUGGAGACUGGAUUUGCAUGGCCUUCAUGCAGCAGAAGCUAUUCAAGCAUUGCAAGAACAUCUCUAUAGAAUUGAAAGCAAAGGCUUCUUAAAGAGUUCAGCCACUUCAAAUGGUGUGAAAGAGAAUGGGAUUGAACAUUCAACUCUUGGAUCUCUCAAUUUCGUGGACAGGGAAAUUAUGGAUAAACAAGCACCAUUAAGGCUUAGAUCACUAGCCUUAGAUGUCAUAACAGGCAUUGGUAAUCACAGUAGGGGCCAAGCAGCUCUUCCUACAGCUGUCAGAAAUUUCCUCAAUGAAAACAGUUACCGUUUUGAGGAAACGAGACCAGGAGUAGUCACAGUGUGGCCCAAGUUUCGUCAAAGUUGAUUGUUGAUCCCAUUAGAAACUUGUUCUUGUACCAUUGAUUUAUAUACUUGGGGAUUAUAUAUAUCUUGGAGUUCAUAUACUUGGUGCAAUUUGACAUGUAUUAGUCUCACCUGUUCAUGUGUAACAAGAUAUUUGCCUCAGCUUUGGAAAUGAAUUCGGAUGGAUUUUAUUUCAAAAUGUUAAACUCGAUUAACUAUUCAACUCGUUUGUGAUAUUGGAAUUAGUUUAACUAAUAAGUAAUUG